GUUGUUACAAUUCUGAUCAGUUUUAUGACCAAUGUAUAUCAUACUUAUUAAGCUGAAAAAACUUUUUCCCCUUGGCUUUAAUAGUUUGUGGGCUUCGAUAUAACAGAUCAUUAGGAUCAUCAAGAAUAACUGGAGGAGUAUCAUCUGGGGAAUGGCCAUGGCAAGCCAGUCUCCAGCGAAACAACAUCCAUCGUUGUGGUGCAACAUUGAUCAGCAACACAUGGCUUCUAUCUGCAGCACAUUGCUUCAGAGAAGCAAAAAAUCCACAUAAAUGGACAGUUAGCUUUGGAACCUAUUUAAGACCUUCUCUAAUGAUACGGCUUGUCAAAACAAUUAUAAUUCAUGAAAAAUACCAGAAUGCAGGUCAUGAACAUGAUAUUGCUGUUCUGCAGUUGACUAAAAGUGUGGAGUUUACAAAUGCUAUUCACCGAAUUUGUCUCCCAGAUUCAAAUGAAAAGAUUCCAUAUAAUAUUGAUGCUGUGGUUACAGGAUGGGGAGCACUUAGUAAUGAGGGUGAAACGCCUAAUGUCCUUCAGGAAGCUACAGUAAAACUCAUAGACUCCAAAGUUUGCAAUAGAAAGGAAGUGUACAAUGGGGUAAUAAAACCUGGAAUGAUAUGUGCUGGAUAUCUUGAAGGAGGAAUUGAUUCGUGCCAGGGUGACUCCGGGGGUCCACUGAUGACAUUUGAUUCAAGACAAAUGUGGUACCUUGUUGGCAUAGUGAGCUGGGGGGAUGAAUGUGGAAAACCAAAUAAGCCUGGCGUCUACACACGAGUGACUUACUAUCGAGACUGGAUUACUAAAUAUACCGGACUUUGAUGUAAGAAAUAUAAAAAGCUGCAUAUAUUUGAAGCUGUGUAGAUGGCAUUCAAGUGAUACAAAGGACAAUGACUUUGUAUAAGAGUGUUUGUAUUAUCUGAUAAGUCAUUAAUAAAACUAACAUUUAAAAAAUAAUAAUAUAUUUGGACUGUUAAACCAAAACACCUAUUGUAAAAUGUGCAUUCCCAUUGAAAAUAUUGUAAAUUUGCUUUCACAUAGGUUGAAUAAUUUUGUUCACUUUCCAACUGUUCUGUGCCUUCAAAAAACAUUAGUAAAAGAUAGUUUAAGUCUUAAAAAGACAAGAUAUUAUCUUUAACCAUUAAGCAGCUACAUGUCAAAAACAGCCCUUGGUAAGUUUGAAGUGGGCUGCACAAAACAUUUAUUCAUUUCUAGAAAGAUGCAUAUUAAGAUUUCUGGGCCUAUCUCACAGACAGUGAGAAGCAGAAAUGUCUCAUUGCUAGGCAAACCUAAGACAUCAUGAUUUUAAUAUAAAGUAGCAUUUCUUUACAUUCAGAAAUAUGUAAGCAUUGUUGUAGCUUUUGUUCCUCACCCUCCUUCUUUAUUUUAUUGUAUCAGAAGCAUAAUGAAUUUACUAGCAUUUCCAUCUAUGGCAGGGGUGUCAAACUGGCAGCCCAUGGACCAGACAUGUCAUCUGGAAGCCGCGGCCAUCCCAUUGCCGGGAAUGGCAAAACUGUCCCGAUAUGUUGCGUGAUGUCAUGUGACAUUGCGAGUUUGACAUGUCUGAUUUAUGGGAAUAGCAAAUGUUAAUUUUGAUGGUGAUAGUAAUGAUGGUGCUAGGAUAGCAUCCAAAACUCCUGCAAUAUUUUCUGAUAUUCUCCUGAAAAACAUUCUAGGAAGAGGAGAUAGAGAAAUUUCUUUAUGAAAACACACAGAGCAGUCAAUCAACACUAUACUUAUUUAGCAAAUUUGCAGAACUGGACUUUUCAAAGCUCCACCCUGAUAAAUAUACUAUACUUUGAUUAUAACAGUUUAUUGAAAAUUUUGUCAUCUACAUUUGCUCUUUCCUCCACCCUGAAAUCUUUAAAAAUAAAAGUCAGAUGCUGAUUUCCAAUGUUGGCUGACUUCCAAAAUCAAGCAGGGUUGGGCCUGGUUUAGUACUUGGAUGAUAGACCAUUAUUGAGAGUGGCAGAACAGACUGGAAGUUGAAAAAAAUUCUGGAAGAAGAGAGUGGCAGUCACUUCUGCAUUGUUGCCAGAAAUGUUACAUCAAUGGAAUUGAAUUUGACUUGAGGAGUCUGUUCAUUAUGAAAAUAUUAUUUCUUUCUAAAGAAUGAUAAAGAAAUUUAUUACUGCAAAUAUUCUUGUUUGUAUAGUCAUUCACUUUUCUACACAUUAUUCACUCCCAAUAACUCAAAUUCUUUCUAUAUAUAUAUAUUGAUUUAUAAAGGGAAGGAUUUUUAAAAAUUUGCCUGUGAAUGAAAAUUAAUCAGAAUAUUGCUGGAAGAGACCUUGGAGGUCUUCUAAUUCAAUCCCUGCUCAAGCAGGAGACUCUAUACCAUUUUACCUGGGAUGAAAUCAAAACUCAAAAAGAGACUUGGAGAUCACUGAAAUAAAUUUUUAUUUAAAAGUGUUUGCAAAGGCUGGUGGACUUCUAUUAACUAAAUCAAGAAGUUACACACGAUCAAAAUUGGCAAUACCUCCUGUUCCUAAUGAUACACCACAUCCCUCCUCCAUGCACCCAGUUGAUGGGCCCACUUUGGUCACAUUCUUUCCAACCACCUAACCUGACAUCAAGUUUUCUGUCUGACAACAAAUUUUCUGCCUUUUUAGAAACUAAGACUAUG